ACGCCCCAUCAUAAUUAAUUCCAUUUUCGUUCUAUCGUGACGGCACGAACAGCGACCCAUUAGCCGGAUUCAAAACCGGAGAGGAAUCCAUCCCCAAUUCCUCACGACUCAUCCCAAGGCCAGCCCCCGACGAGCUCGUUCAUGCGCAAAGCUAACUCCCAUCGUCCUACAGAUCUAUCUGCGUCCCCUCUAAUCCAAUCGCUCCCAGCACCAGAUUUUAUGCGGUCUCGUUGCUGCGCGCUGCAGCCAUGCAAAGCGGCAGCGGGGUGGGGGCGGGUUUGACUGCUGGUGCUGCUGCUGCUGAGUUGAGGGAUCCGUCUCGGGCUCGGCAAUGGCGAGCCUGCCUGACUCGGCGGGCGGCGGGGGGCGCGCGGGCGCGGAGCUGAUGGUGCCGCAGUUCCUGCUCAAGGCGCUCCACGCCAUCCUCGCCGUGCGCGCGCCGCGCCCUCAUUCUUCGGCGCCCGCGGCGGCGGCUUUCCGCAGGCGGGACAGGUGGUUCCACCUGCCGCUCCACGCGCCGCCGCCGCCGCCCUCGGCGGAGCACCUGCCGGAGCCGUCCCCCGGGGAGCCGCUCGUGGUGGACGUGUACCUGACCCCCUCGGGCGGCGGGGGAGCGGAGGAGGUGGUUGAGCGGUGGACAGUGGCGUGCGAGCCCUGGUCCUCAGCCGCGGCGGCGGCGGCGGUAGGGGAGGGGCUGGCGGUCAACAGGGCGUACAAGCGCUGCAUCACGCUGCUGAGGUCUCUGUACACGGCGCUCCGCUUCCUCCCGGCGUACCGCGUCUUCCGCCUGCUCUGCGCGUCCGGCCAGGUGUAUAACUACGAGAUGGGCCACCGCGUCUGCUCCUUCGCCGCGCCCUUUUCCCGCGCAGAGGAGGCGGCCAUGCGCACCAGACCCUUCGGCCCCGUCGAGACCAAGCUCGGCCUCCUCGUCGUCUCUGUCCAGUACCUCCCUAGCCUCGCCGGCUUCAAUUUCGAGGUCUCCUCCCUCACAUCCGCCGCGAUCAUCCCGGAUUACGUCGGCAGCCCGGCGGCCGAGCCUAUGCGUGCCUUCCCGGCCUCGCUCACGGAGGCGGCCGGCUCGGCCUUUCCGCUGCCCUCGCGGCGCCCGAACAGCUGGGCGUCGCCUGCGCCCUGGCCGCACACGCCGGGGCAGCAGGCGAAGUUCUCACCGCCGCCGGCACUGUAUGCAUCGCCUACGCCCUCGCCGCCCACGUUUGCCGGUGGCUACCUGCACUCGAGGUUUAGCGGCGAGACUGCGCCAAUGAGCAUACCGCAGGUGGACGAUGGCAGGGGCCCUGUGCACCAUCGGAACAUGUCGGAACCCAUUAGAGCGUUCAUGUUUCCUCCACCUUCCCCGAAGAGUGUGCGAGGGGAUGCAGGGAUGCAGGAGUCCCCGACGGAGACCAGCCGGUCGUUCAGGAGGGCGGAGGGCAUCCGGAUGGGCGAUCUCUAUGCUAAUUUGCCGUCUGGUUCCAAGAUUAAGGACAGUAGGGAAGAAUCUGGCAGGUUCUCUGGUAUCUUCUCUUCUAGUGGUUCACCACGACUUGGCUUCUCAAGAAGUUCAAGCAGAUUGUCUAUGCAGGAUGAUACUGAUGAUGCGGAUUUUCCAUUUGCUGUGGAUGAUGUUGAUCCAGAUUCCCGACCAGGGAGUAGCGGUGGGAAGGACGUGGGGGAUCAGGUAGGUUCGUCAUCCCAUAAAUCACAAGACGCUGCUGUUGGGUAUCUUGUCCACCUGCUGAAGUCUGCACGUCCUCUGCGAGAUACUAGCUGCUCAACUCAUACAUCAAGGGCUGAAUCUACUGAAGCAGGAAGCACUAGCUCUUUCAUGUCCCGCAGGACAUCUGAUGCAUUCGAGGAGCUCGAAUCUUUCAAAGAAAUAAGGGAGAACCUGCUAGCCCGUAGUAGAUCUAGGCUGCAAGAUUCAUUGGAUAAACCCUAGCGUCGAUGCUGCCCUUGGUUCCAUUCUUUAACAGGUGAAGAAUCCAAACCGGUAGAGUAACUCUAUGGUGAUCUUGGGUAACUGUUAUUUCAGACUUGUCCAUGUAUAUAACUUAUCAACUGGUGCUUGUUUCUAAAGGAGAAUAUGCAGGUCGCCAUUGAUUCUGUUGUGAAAAUUGCGUCUUAUUGUUAAAUUCAA